AUGACUGUAACCGAUGUGCUCGGGUCUGGUCCGAAACCAGCUGUUUCUGUGAUGGGAAUUGGGGUGGAAUAUCCCCCAUCCAAGCAGGGACCGGAGUUUGCGGAGGCGUUGGCUCAGCGACAUUAUGAUCUCACCCCGGCGUUGCAGAAGAGUUUGGAAAUCAACCGGAAAAGUCGAAUAGAGCAUCGCUACAGCGUGUUGGACCCCGACCACGAAUACUGGCACCAACGUGAGGUCCCGACCAUCAGCGAAUGCGAUGCCCUGUUUAAACAAUAUGGCAUCCCACUGGCGGUCAAUGCUUGUAACAGAGCUAUUGCGGACUGGGGUGGUCGGUCGGCGGAGAUCACCCAUGUGGUCGCAGUGACCUGUACUAAUACCUCCAACCCCGGGUUUGAUGGGCUAGUUUGCCAGAAGCUCGGCCUGCGUAACAACACCCGCCGAGCCCUUCUGCAUGGGGUGGGUUGUGGGGGUGGCCUUGCGUCGAUCCGCGUGGCACAGGAGAUGCUUCUGGGUGCUACGCAGCAGGGGAAGGCGGCAAGAGCCCUCAUCAUUUGCUGCGAGUUGCCUACGAUCUUUACGCGGGCAGAGCUGGACUCCGUGAGCCAGCAGCAACGACCCAAUGUGGCCCUCGGGCUCUUUGGGGAUUGUGCGGCUGCGCUUGUUCUCAGCAACGGCAUCGGGGUCAAGCAAGAGGAACGUGUCCCUGUCUGGGAUGUGUUGAAUUGCCAAACAACUCAUUUGGAAGGGUCCGAAGGGCUGGGGGAAUUUAAAAUUGGCCCCAAUGGAUAUGUGGCCAAGAUUGACAAGAAGAUUCCCCUUGUCAUUGGCCAAUCCAUUCAUGGGGGCUUUACCAAUCUAAUUUCAUCGACGCCUGGUGUCGCCUCUGAGCCCAGUAAUUACAGCCCUGAGAUCUACGAUUGGGCCUUUCAUCCCGGCGGAUACGCUUUUCUUCUUGCUGCGCAGGAGGUACUAGGGUUGUCGGCGCAUAACCUGCGCAAGGCCUUUGAGGCAUAUAGUGAUGGCGGUAACACUGUUUCCAGCACUGUAAUCAGCAUCUUGAAUCGACUCAAAAACGAACGUGAGAGUGGUGUGAAAGACGAAGGACAUCAGGGGGAAGGAUCUACGUCUGGCAAGGGAGCUGACAAGGUGAUUGCAGUCGCAUUUGGCCAUGGCUUAACGAUGGAGAUGAUUAUGUUCACCAAGCCAGCACUGCCAGAGACAGUUUAG